GAACACAUCACCAUCGAGACGCCUUGCGAGGGCACGAUCACUCACUCGUCUUGCAAUUGCAUUGUUUUCGCAUAAAACAUUACUGGAGCCGAGCAUUUAUUCAAAAGAAUGCACGAGUCCAUCAUGGCGCAGAUUGGGAUGGAGCACGAGCACCACUCCUCGCACGACAAUACCUAUGGGCCCAACGACGGAUGGGUAGAUAUCAGCCAUAGCUACAACUCGUCGCAGCAUCAAUCGCCAAUGUACGAACAUGGAGGUUUUGCCUUUAUGCAACCGCUUCAACAACAGCACAAUGGUACUGAGCAGUCGUACAAUCCACCGAGAAUGCCACAGCCUCCACCGCCGCACACAACCCACCAGCAGCUGCUACCCCUCAUUAUGCCCAGCAAUCCAACAUGGCCCAGUCUUCUGACGAACCCAGCAAGUUAUUCAGCGCCGCCAGUUGCAAUUCCUCCAGUGUCAGCUCCUGUAGUGAAAGGGAACGGUGCCAAACUACCAGCAAUCCAUGCGACAUCAACUCCACGCAAAACCCUGACGGACAGUGACAGAAGACGAAUGUGUCAAUACCAUGAAGAGAAUCCGUCUGUGAAACAGACAGAAAUUGGAGCUAUGUUUGGUGUUGAGCGAAGCACUGUCUCGAAGGUUCUUCGUCAGAGGGAGAAGUAUCUCUUCCCAGAAGACCGGAGCUUGUCUCCAGUCAAACGUGCCAAGGGCAAGUUUCCGGACAUCGAAAGAGCAUUAUCGAACUGGGUCAGAAACAUGCAAAAGCAAGGCCACCCAAUAACAGACUCUUCAAUCAAAGAAAAGGCCAGAUUCUUUGCAACUACUGUGGGCAACAACGAAAGCCAUCUGAAGACCAACAGCACCAGUUGGUUGGAGAAAUUCAAGCAAAAGAACGGCAUCGGAGGAGCCAAGUUAAUUCGAAGAGCCUCGGAGACAAACAUCUCUGACAGUGGAUCAUUGGCACCAGACUCAGCUGGUGGUUCAGCUUCACAAACACCGAAUGGUAUCUCUCCAACUUCACCGAGCGGUUUGCCAUCUCCUUCACCAUUGUCCGCCAGCAAGAGCAAUGAAGACCUUAGAUCUGACAGUCUGAAUGGAUACCUUGAAUUUGGCCAAGAGAACAGCGAAUAUCGACAUUCGAAUUCCCAGAGUACCACUUCUCUGUCAAGUGCGUUUACAGAGAACAAUCCUUCUUCGUUCUCAGGGGGUCCUACGAGCCCAAGUGCUCCUUUUGCCUUUUCUCCUGACAGUUCUGGCUGGAUGCCUUCACAACAGUCCCGACUACCACCACCAGGGAACAACUUUCAGAGACCACGUAGUCAAACGUUCCCGAUGCUUGGAAUCGACCCUUCAUUCAUCUCCUCGCAGUCAACCGAGCCCCUGACACCAAAGUACAGCAUGCCGGCGACAGCUCCUUCGUCAGCUCUGGAUUCUCCUAAUCAGGAGAUUGGACCACCGUUUGGAAUGGACUCGGCCAUCUCUUCUCCUCCACUGCACCACAGCAGUAGCAAUGGAUCCAUGGCGCCACCAUCAACAGGUACACCUAUCACUGGUUUACAAUCACCACCUGGAUCCUCAGCACCAAGCUCUCCAACUCAAGAUGAUGCUCGACGGGCUUUGGACACGUUGCUCAUUUUCUUCAACCAAGCCCCCAAUGGCUUAGUUGAUCAGAACGAGUACAUGACUGUUAUGAAGCUCACCGAGAGACUACGACUGAAUGCACCUCUACCCGGAGGACUUCACCGAAUAGCAGAGCAAGACUGCGAGCUCCAAGCCCCUAAAAUGGAGCAAUCCAUGAGCGCAGGCUGUUAAUGACCAUAUCUACGACUUUUCCCCCAACCCCAAAUUCUUGUACAUUCCGAAUCUGUCCUCCUUCAACUCUGUCCUUACCAGCAUUCUCGCAACACGAAC